AUGGAAAACACAACAUAUCUUCUAGAUGUGCAAAUUUUGCCAUUUUUCAUGAAAACUGACCACAAAUUGACUAUCUUUGGCUCUGUCUACUUUUUCUUCAUCUAUUUAAUUGGAAUGCUGAUGAAUGUAGUUAUAAUUGCAGUGAUAUGUUUGGACCUCCAUUUGCACACCCCAAUGUAUUUAUUUCUCUGCAACUUGUCUGUUGUUGAUAUUUCUUACACAACUGUUAUCAUUCCAAAACUCUUACACAUGUUACUUUCUGGUAAUAAUCAAAUGCCAUUUACACAAUGCUUUAUCCAAAUGUAUUUUUUCUUAAUGUUGGACAGUGCUGAGGUCACUGUUCUACUUAUAAUGGCGUAUGACCGAUAUGUCGCAAUUUGUCACCCUUUAAACUAUUAUCGAAUACUUAACAAGAAAAUAUGCUUCUUAUUAAUGAUGGUCAUCUGGAUUGGUGGAAGUGUAAAUUCAUCUUUACUUACAAGUUCCAUCUUAAAAGUAUUCUUCUGUUCUUCUGUUACUAUUCACCAGUUUUUCUGUGAUGCUAAAGCUCUCAUCAACAUUUCCUGCGGAGGUACUGAAGUGUUUUACAUUCUCAUGUAUACAGACUUAUUGAUAUUUGGGCUCUUGCCAAUUGUGUGCAACUCAAUGUCGUAUGUAAAAAUUAUCAGGGUCAUAUUACAUAUUAAAACUAAGGAUGGCCGAAGUAAAGCCUUCUCCACCUGUUCAUCCCACCUCGCUGUUAUGGCCAUCUACUAUGGAUCUGCUUUAUCUGUAUACAUGACCCCACCAUCAAAUCACUAUGACUUACUUGAACAGAUCUUAACCAUGUUCUACACCACAGUGGUCCCCAUGUUGAACCCUCUCAUAUACAGCCUAAGAAACAAAGAAGUAAAGAGUUCUUUGCGGAAACUGGUGCUGUAGCACUUAAAAGUUGGAAUGAG